AUGUUUUGUCGCUGUGUAAGAACAAGGAGAGAAGAGGGUGUCAAUGGGGUGCUAGCUUUGAUGGUUGGCGGUUAUUUUUUUCCAAUUUUGACGGUUGCCGGCUAAAUUUUAGGGCUUUUGACGGUUGACGGUUAUUUAGGGAAAAUUUAGUCCAAGAAAAAAAGUAAAUAUUAAAUUCUGUAUAAAUUGAUAUUAAUUGUUGUGUUUUGGAUGUUGCUUGGCCUUUAUUCACAAAUUAAAUUUCGAAAUAUUUUAAGAUAUAAGAAAAUUGUAAGGUAAAUUAAUGUUCAGAGCAAGUGUUUUUGAGAACUUGGCCCGUGGUGUUUCCAGUUCAGAGAUUUUUCAUUUGCUGAAAGUCCAUAAAUAUCAGUUGAAAUAGUGAGAAUUAAAGUACCUUGAAACGUUUUGACCGUUAAUAUCACUCUGAAUGUUUGGCUGUAUUCGCAGUCUGGGCGUGGUUACGUACUUUUCAUGUUUCGGUUGUAUCCAAAAGCUCUUUUUCUUUAGUUGUAUUGUCUAGAGAUAAAGGUUUUACUUGAGGAUUACCAGUCUUACUACUAUUGUUGUUAUUGUUCUGGAAAACUUAGAAAUCCAUAGAAACGCAAGAGCAAAUUAUAUGCAUAUAAUGCCCUUCGUCUCUUUCCCUUGCCAGGGAACCUUCCAACAACACACAGAAUAUGUGAGGAAGACAUUACAAUUAUAGUGUUAGAACAAAACCAAUACAGAACUCAGCAAACAGUGGCAUUUGAACCAGGAAUGUCCACACCAUGGCAGCAGUACAGAGCUGAUGGACAGCCACGGGCGGUAGCUGUUUGCUGUGUUGUGGCUCUUUACUCUAGACAAAGCAAGGAGAUAUGGAUUUGUGAUAUAACAUCCUCAAAUGCCAAUGAGCUUGUUGUUGUAAGUUUUAAGCUAAGUAUACGUUCAAAUGGUAGCGGACGAAUUUUCAACCAGUUGAAAAAUUUGACGGGAUACUUUGUUCACACGGGACCGUUUUUUAAAUUUUCGCUAUUUUCAACUUUGAACGGAUACGCGUCUAAAUUUUCGCCCCGAUAACGUGGUUCCUAGACUUGCGACAGAGUAGUGUAGGAGCUGCUCGUAAGGUCUCUCCCAAUUAGCCGCAGGAAACAAUGACAUGUCACUCUUCCAAUUGUUUUAGUAUUGUAUGGGGUCCUUGCCACAAGUCGACUGCGAGCGACGUAAUUUUGUUCGGUCUGCAGAGAAGAUUGAAUUUAAUUUGCUUAAUGUUGGCGCGAAAAAAUGGUUUGUGACGUAAGUUUGACAGUUUCCCGACUGGCAUCUAACCAACAGAAACCAGAAACGGGCUUUGAGAAAGUCUUGGUGGUUCCGUGUGAGCUAAAACGAAUUUUCAAACGGGUGAAAUUAGUCCCAUGUCGUGUAAACGUAGCCAUUAACGUGGCAUUAUGAGUGUAAACUUUUGUGGUGCGAAAAUUAGUUUACUUCAUGACGUUACGUGGUUGCAUGUCUAUUCGUCUGUCUAUAUAUUCAUCUUUUAACAUUCAAAACAGUGUUGACAACGAAAUUUUCUUGGGAUGUGAUUUUGCAUAUUUCGCGGGUAUUGUAAAGAUCUAUACCUUUGUUAUUAUGUUACAUAAUUUUUGGUUGAAUGUUAACUAACUUUCAUCCUUUUUCUUUGUAAUUGAAAACGCAUCACACUAUCGCUUCUUCCUUCUUCUUUAUGAUACAGCUGUACUAGGGUUAUCCUUUUUAACGCUACUGAAUAGUAAAACUACAUUAAGCAGCUAACCAACCGUACUGUGUCAAAGAACAAUAUUAAUUUGCCAUGAAUUAACUUGAUUAGAGUCUGUGACUUAAACACCACUCAAAGACAAGCCUGUCAAACGUAGCCUUAUCUUAAAGAUUUCACAAAAAGUCCCCUUUUGAUUUUAUUAAAGUUCCGUUUCACCCUCAAAAUCGAAGGAAAUAAAUAAAAAACAUGUUCGCGUUUUCAUUUGACUUUUAACACACUGUUGAGGAGCCGAUUAAUUGUAAAGGAUCUUCGUUUACAAAAGGAGUGACAUUUCUCCCCUAUCUCCACAGAAUGACGGACAGUACAAGAUGAUCGUGACAGUAUAUCCACGAAGGAAUGCUGUUGUUAGCAACUUUGCGACAGAUAGCAGAGGAAAUCGGCUUCCUUCGUAUGCUCGUAUGUUUGCCUUCCUUUUACCUCUCGAUAUUCCUAUGAUUUACAAUGCGACAGUACAGCUUACAAAGGAGGAUGGUGCCAUUUUGUGUCAUGAGAUUGUGUUCACCAUUAGAAUAAACCUCCUGGAGGCGAGCGUUUCUUGGUUACAACAAAGUGAAAAUCUGUUUGAAGUGGAAUACCCUCUGCCGAAAAUAAAACUUACAGGUAAAGAGGUAUCAGCUUUGCAUCAAGAAUCUUGGACACUGGAACAGCAACCCCCCAUACCCCCGAGGGAGGGAGGAGGGGGGGGGGGGUCUAAAUUGUCCAUUUAUUUUGUUCAAGAUAUAGCGAUUGCAAUCUUGGACUGAAUAAAAUGGAACAGCCUGAAAAAGGCACCUCAUCCCGCCCGCGAAAUCAAGGGUGAAGCCGCGUUAACGACAAAACGUGCCAUUUUCCCAUCUUUCAUUUGGGGGUUGUACGGGCUUAAAUUUUCCAUUUUUUUUUUCCAGGAUUGUAGUUCAGUUAACUCUACGCUUUUUUUCUUAGUGCGAUUGUUCAUAGACCACACACAUACAUCACCCAAACAUACUUUGCACAUCUUUAUUUAAACCUCGGAUCUAGCGCAAUUUACCCGGGUAAAAAUAAGACGCGUCUUACAGACGACGCGUCUCAAAUGAGAUGCCGAAUUCUCGUUUAAAUGGCACAAAAGAUGCUUUUACUUCUUAAACAAGAUGUCAUUUAGCUUAGGGGCAUCUUACACGCUCGCACAAAUCAUACGUCAUCAUGUGUCAAUCUUAGUUAGUAACUCCUCUGAUUGUUUUUUUACCCUUAAUUUACCGAUGUACUUUCGUUGUUUUUUUGUGAAUUUUUCAAUUUUAAAAAACUUCGCUUUCAGGAGUGCUGCGGUUUAACUUUGGUUGGAAUAUCAUAAUGCACUUUGAGAACUUGGCAGACAAUGGUAAAUAUAAAAUAAUUAAAUGCAGUAGAAAACAGAUAUAGAGUUUUCUUAGCUGGGACCAGUACUCUGUUAGUCUCUUAAUUAUAGUCCAAAUCUCAUUGUUUUUAGCGGAGCUCCUUGCGCGCGAAGCGCGCGCGAGCGGAGCACCAUAACUAAGAAACUAAGAUAAACUACCCAUCCGAGAAAUUUUGGUUAUGACGCCAACGUACGUCCGUCCGUACGGACUUUCCGGGUAGUGGAAAGUAGUCCGCAUGGACUCUUGGGGUAGGAGGAAGUAGAGAUUUUUUGGCGGGAAAUCGCAUGGCGCAACGUCGCGCAAUUAUAUCGCGCAACUGGUUUUGAAAAAAGAAAUGUCAAAGCAACUUAGCAAAAAGAUUUUUCGACAGAGCCUUAAUAACUUUUUAUUACAACUUACGAAAGGUAUUAUGUCAACAAACAACGGCGGAGACAUUUUAGCGUGUAGAUCACAGGUUUUAAGCAGAGAGCAAAGAGAAGGUGAACGGCAGAGAGCAAGAGUCAACACGUGUAGAACAAGCGAAGACGAUCGCCAAAGACAGCACGUUAGAAGUAGAAGAAGAAGACAACAUUUUAGCGAAGAAAGUCGGCAAGUAGAAAGAGUCAGAGCGAGAAGAAGGAGAGAAAAUUAUAGUGAAAAACGCCGGCAAGCAGAACGAGACAGAGCUAGAAUGAACAGACAAAGGCAACGCGAAAGAGAAAUACAAAGGCAAAGAGAACGGCAGCAAAAUAAUGACAUGAUGACAGAAAGUAUUGUGUUAAUGUCACUAUGGCCCUGCGUUAUUAACAUUUUCAGCCAAUCAUUUAAAAAUACAAGCAGGGAAGACAGAGGCUUUUCACUUCUCUCACCAUAGUCACGCGUUGAUCACGCUCUACGACCGUCCAAUUUUUAUGCUCUGAUUGGUCAAAAUUUGACAGGUGAGUUGAUGCAAAAAAUUUAUACAGCAUCUUGAACCUUGUUUACUUUGACAGCUGAAGCUGACAGAGUAUUUUGUCAACUUGUGAUGUUUUUUACUGUCUUUUCCCACUGGAUGCUUAAAAUGAAAUACAGCUGCUAUCAACAGUCUUCUUUGAUUAAUGGCUGGUUUGUUUAUUGAAUUUUUGGUUGGGAAAUGCGCCGGUUGUCAAAGUUGGAAAUCCGAUUUCGGAUGCAUCGUUUUCGUUUUUCACCUUGCUGGAUGCGGGGUUGAAAAGUCCCUCAAGCGAUUCUGGCCUUACUUGAUAGCUUUCAAGAGCUGCAUCUCGAAUGGUAAGCCUGAGUAAUUAUUGUAUACAGUGUAUGUUUGUUUUUUUAUAUCUAAUUUCAUGAAGUCGAGCGCAGUUUAUGAGGCUAAUUUAUGCACGUUUGUAUUAAGAUCUGAGACAAUGAUCUGAUCUAGUAUAUAUAAGCUUACAGAGCUUUAAAAAGCCUUUAGUCGAUAUUUUCUCUCCGCAUAUAGAAUGAAAAAACGUUCCGAAGAGUAUUUAGUUAUAAUUUUGGCUGUAGAAAGAAAGCUUUGAGCGAUUUUCUUGCCUCGAGUUCAUCUCUGAAAACAGUAAACACCAGGAAGCCGGCUAAAAGCUUUAGGCUUAAGCGUAAAGACUCAGGAUUUUUAGAGACGCUUUAAUACUUGUCUUCGUGAAUGAAAAUUGUUGUCUCUGUAAAUGUUUCACCGAAUUACAUUUCUUUUAUUGAUUGUUAGUAGUCUCUUGCAAUUGCUUUGCUGUUUGUUUUCAGUCGUUCACAGACAACGCUUGCAGGAGUACUCAAAAUGCGCGCGUUUGUACAUCGUUAUAAAACCAUUAAAUAAAAAAAAUAAACAAUAAAUUCUUUAUUAUGUUGAAGCGUAACUCUUUUAAUGUUCACUGAAAAUUUGGCGCUUGUCAAAAGUGACAACCGGCUGGCCGUAUAGGUGAUUUUGGAAAUUUUUUGAACGGUUUUGCUAAAAGCCCACGCGUGCUUCGUACGGUUCUGAAUAUUGAAUGAGUGCAAUUUGUCUUGAAAAAUUGUGAAAUACUGCAUUUUGUCUGAGGUCUGUAUGAUAAAAACAGCGCCUCAUAUUACUGUUUCACCUCAGAUGUGAUGCAUAAAAAGUAUGAAAUGUUGGUUUACACGCUCCCAGAGUUGUUGGCAAGAUUUUUUUAAGUAGACUUGUCGAACGCAAAAAAUUCGGCCUGAUUUGUUUUUUCCAUGAAUUCGUUUUCCAGGCCUAAUCUACUGUGAUCAAGAGCUAUUAUGGCUCUUAAAUGUGAUCGACGAUGAUUGCUAUUUUUUGGGUGUAUAUAUACCGGCUAUCAAUUCGAUGAAAGAUUUUUUUUCACUCUAAAAUCACUUAGCCUUAGCUUUCCCUAAAAAGUCACAUAUGUGCCCUUAAGUUAACUGAUUUGUGGAUUACAAGUUUAUUGAUUGAUUUAAAUCAUAAAUUUAUUAAUGGGAGCUUCGCUUUUAGCCCUGGCUAAGUCUAAAUAAUAGAAUUUACGAUAAAUGCCAUAUUAUGGUCUGUUAACCAUUAUAAGUGGAUUGCAUUGCAGCCAUAAAGGACAAAAAUGACUACCAUUUGCAAACACAGUUGAACCACCUUCCCGAAGGUGUGGCCUUGGUAAAGAAAGCACCGUGAAGUUUGUUGUUCUAAAAUGUUUAUUAUACCAAGAGUUGAUGUUGUAGACUGUACGAUGGGACGAUUAAAACAGGUUGUCCGUCGUGGGCGGGCAACUCGUUUGGAAACCUCGAUAAUUCCAAAUACAACCUUAACGUAUGCGCGACCUGUGUUUUGGGAUUUCAAGUACAACCUUUUUCUUCGAAUCUUUAAUUUUCUUCUUAUAGCUUGUGUCUUGAAUGGACCACUAAGUCAUCUUUUUUCCCUAAGACUCUGUUAGGCUUAAAGUGCUGUUAAUGACCGUUAAAAUUUUAAAGCUUGGAUAAAAUGGUUAUUCUUUCAAUGCACAAUUUUUCAAGAAAGAAAUAGCAAUUUAUCAUAUUUCGUCACAGUUAUUUUUAUGCCUGUAGGUGAAUUUGAGGUUUACAGAAGACAUAGAUUGAUACUAGAAAACUGGGCCAAAACAAGACCACAUUAUCAGGAUCUAGUGGCUAUGGUAUUGUUGGAGGUAAGUCAGAGAAGACUAAUUUUUUACCAAGUAUAUUAACCUCGUUCCCGGGGAAGAGAUUGCGAAUUUAUCCUUUUGUGUCUUUGUUGCUAGCAAACACGACUCCCGUAACUUGUACUUGCACUGACGGGAAAGUUUGCUUGAGUACCCGAUUGAUUCGGGUCCUAUUGUCGCGCUCAAAGUCUGUCAAGGAUUGGGAGGGCCGAAUAGGUGAGGGAGGAAGAGAGGGAGGUGGUCUUAAUUUAGGGUGCGGCUACACGUAGGAUAGUCUUAAUUGUGUAGAGUAUAGUCUAAGUCCUAAGGGCUGGAAACAAGCUCAUGGUUAGAGUGAAAACUUUUUCAUCGUGAUUUUUUUUUUAAGGAAGGUGUAGCGUGCUUAAUUCAACACAGGCUAGAGGAGGGAGUCAGCCUCGCCAGACGAGCGUGCCGUUUAUCGUCGCACUUCAGCUGUGUAAAUGACCGCGCCAUUAGAGGCUAUGCAUCUGCAGUGUAUGCUGCCGCUGAGAGAUUUGCUGGCAAUCAAGAUGGUGCCAAAGAACACCUUAUUGACGCCUUGGAGGUGAGGUCUAACUCUUUUUGCGAUAAAUAUGUGUGUGUUUAGUGGAAAAGAAGUUAGCGGCUGCAGGUCCACUUCCUCUUUCCCAGGCGCUUCUUGGGAUUUUCGAUGGUAGUCGCGACAUAAGGAUCAUGGGAAAGCAUCAAAAACGCAAAGGCACAAGCCAAGGCUCUCAACGUGACUACGUAAUGACCCCUUGCGCCGCGACUAUCGCAGAAGAUCCGAAGAAACGCCUGCGUCAGCGAGGCAGGUCAGUCCACCCAAAUUAUUAGGGUCGACAACGCUUCAUUUUUUUUAUGAGUGGGCAUGGAAAUACAACAUUCUCUCUCCACUAAACAAUGUUAGCUUUUCUUGCAAGAAAAAAAAAAGGGUGGUGUGGCAGAGUCUUGUAUUUCCCGUUUGCAGACCUCCUUCCAAAAUUUGAAUCCUAUUUUUGAUUACAGAUAUUUGAACCAAUGGAACCGUCCACUUAUACAUCAAUAGCGCUUUACAAUAUUGGGGCAAUAACGAUGGAAAGGUCAGCCACAAUAGGAAUAACUUCAACAGAAGAGAAAGAGGCAGAGAAUUUCCUUCAAAAGGCAGCAGAUCAUUGGAUGUAUCAACAGCUUAACACGACAAUUCGAGUACUUCCUCGUGUAUACAACAGACUUAUUUCGCUAUAUCUCAAGUCAUCACCAAACACGGCACCGGAUCUCAACGUUAAUGUGCCUCAAGAAAGCUUGACACGUGCAAGUGACGUCAUUGGGAGAUUCGAGAAUUUGUUUCCCGACUGUUCCAAGUGGAUGAAAACUACUUUCUGUCUCGGAAAGACAGAUUAUUGUAUUAGGAAAAGGGAUAUCGAUGGAGGUUAGAGCAAUGCAUUUGUUUUAAUAAGCAACGUGGCGUCUCCAAUAUCGCAGCAAUAUCACCACGGCCAUCAUCAUUAUCAUAAUCACUAGCACUACCAACAUCGCUAUGAUCACGACCCGGCAGCGGGCAUCAUCACCAUCAGCAAUUUCACCAACCUCAUACGUCGUACGUAGAAGGACUUUUAAAAAACUGACAUGAUCAUACUGACAGUUCGGAUUAAAAACUUUCCUCACCUCGCGCGCCAUUGAGCAGCAGUGAUGUUAGUUGUUGGCCUUGCCUCCUUCAUCUUCGAACUAAUGUUCAAAUAAUGUUUGAAAAUGGGCUCCCCCGGGCCUACCGUAAAAAAAAGGGAUAUUCACAGAAAAAUCCUUAAAAUUAGCAAUAGUUAUCUUCGACAAACAAUUAACAGAAAAUGCGGCAUCAACCUCAUUAAACCUUAUACGGUCAUUGCAGGACUCAGGGUUGCUCAACAAGCCCUGGAAAUUUCCUUGGCAUCUGGAUUACAAAGAGAAACAACAGGGGCAAGAAGACGAAUAGAUUUGCUGAGGGAACUUGACAACCACAGACGACAUCCACCGGAAGUACCAGGGACAUUGUAG